CGGGGCUUUGAGUGCAGGAGAUAACAGCUCCGGACAGACUCCGCCACAGUCAACCAGUUGGAAGUUGGGAAUCAGAAAUGUAAGGGAUGGAGUGUCCUUCACUACGACCUGGUCAUCCUCUGUUUGAUUGCUAUAUGUACCUUUAUAGCCAGCCCUCUCUCAUCCUUUCCUCGUUCUCCCAACAGCGCCAAUAUACAUGCGUACCCUCUGCACUUACAUUCACUUUUGGCCAACCCAAUCCUGACGCAGUACGGGCAACUCUGUUCUAUUUUUAAGGCUUCCGUAUCCUCAGCGAGUCUGCGGUAUACUCGGUUACUCGGUAUAUCAUCACCUUUUAUUUUUUUUUCUUCAAUUUUUUUUUUCUCUGUAUCAAGUUUCGUCCUCUUUUCAAGUGAUCGGUCUCAAGACGCCAACCCAUUUUUGUCUCUCGACUUGCUCUGGAAUAAUCGUGUUGGAAGAACGCAGAGAAAACACGAAAAGCGAUUUGUAAGGUCUGCACAGAUUGACCGCCGAUCCUCAAGUGACACCGUAUCGGGACCAUGAAGCUGCCGCUCGGGACCCUUCCUGAUCAUGACCCGUUCCCCUUGAGGUCUAGAACCCGCCCACUUCAUAAACUACCGAGAUACAUGGCCAAGCGACCAUUGUUGAGCAUCAAGAUUCCAUCCCUCAUCGAUCGGGUAGGAAAAGAUGAACGAACACCCGAAGUAUCAUGGUUUUCACCCUUCACACCCGACAGCCCGAGCUCUCGAUCCCAGUCUCCUUCAAUGUCGAACGAACUUGUGAAGACGGCAGACGCUCAACGAGACACGGCAGACGAAGACGCUCAGCAGUCGAGGUCGAACGUGAUGGAGGAGGACGAGGAGAACAGGAACACUCAGCCAACCAUAUCACGAUUGGGAUCGCGUUGGUCGCGUCGGUUUCCGCAUGGAUGCUUGCAGACGAUGUUCCAACAGGUCCAACGAACCCCAACUCGACACAAACAUCUCUCGACGAUUUCGGUCUCGCCCUACUCAGCAAUCGAUCUUCAACGUCCCCGGCGAAGCUCUCCUCACCACACCCUCAUGAAUGAUCAUGAUGGCCUUUCGAAUUCUCGGCGAACAUCAAAUCCAUUCGAUUACUUGAGUCUCCGUCGUCAUUCCAAAAUUGACAGUCCCACACGUCAUGACAAAACGCCCACCCAGCUCGGCAUUCGUCCCGUCUUACCAGUCGCCUCGCCAGCAGAGAUGCUCACAUCCAUCCACACACCCAAACAUCUCAAUGCACCCUGGAGCUCGACCACCUGUUAA